ACAGCGGACAAAAUACGAUCGCAGUGUCCUUCCCCUGUUUUAAUCUACAGGACGCGUGCGCACAUCGUCUCCCCAGAAUGCCCGGUAAUUCGACCGGCGGCCUCUCCAGCGGCCCUACUUCAUUUUGUCGUCUCGUCAAGUGGAUACUGCAUCCGUUUAAAAACGUGAAUUAACCCAAGACAAAAUGAAGUUUAAUAUAUCUUAUCCGGCGACUGGUUGUCAAAAACUGUUUGAAAUUGUGGAUGACCACAAAGUAAGAAUAUUCUUUGAUAAGCGCAUGGGUUCUGAAGUACAAGCAGAUCCAUUGGGUGAUGAUUGGAAGGGUUACAUCUUUAAAAUUACGGGUGGCAAUGAUAAACAAGGCUUCCCAAUGAAACAAGGUGUUUUAACCAACGGUCGUGUUCGACUACUUCUUUCCAAUGAUCAUUCUUGUUUUCGUACUCGACGUGAUGGCGAACGUCGCAGAAAAUCCGUUCGUGGUUGUAUUGUUGAUGGAAAUUUAAGCGUCCUAUCGUUGGUUAUUGUUCGUAAAGGAUUAAAAGAUAUCCCUGGAUUGACCGAUUCAAAUAUACCGAGACGUUUGGGCCCGAAACGAGCCAAUAACAUUCGUAAACUUUUCAAUUUAACUAAACAAGAUGAUGUUCGUCAAUAUGUUGUUAAGAGACCGUUACCUCAAAAGGAAGGUAAAAAACAGCGGUUUAAAGCGCCUAAAGUUCAGCGUUUAAUCACACCGGAAUCUUUGCAAAAGAAACGUCAUCGUUUGGCUUUGAAAAAGAAACGUUGUUUGAAACGUAAGGAGCAGGUGAAUGUUUAUAAGAAGUUGUUGGCUCAAAGACAUAAGGAGUCGAAGCAGCGCAGGCAAGAAUUGAAGCGGCGUAGAUCUGCCAGUUUACAGGAGAGCAAAACUAGUUUGGACAGUGCUUAAAAAAAAUUAUAUUAAAACCAAGGACCUAUUUUGUUUUGUUUAAGUACUUCUUAGUAAAUCAAACGAGUACUUAAAAUGUCUGUUUCAAAAAUGGGUCCGUAUUUAUAGACUGACUAUUAUGGUGGUAAAUCCACCAUUUUUUUUCGUGUUUUUGAAUAAUUUUUGUUUUUGAAGUAAAUGGUCAUUUCUUUAGUGUCGUAGAAAACAUGGCACUCAACUAUAAACGUUUUUCUGCACUUAUACUUUUAAUAUAAUACUCCGUUUAGAAUCUGAAGAUAUAUAUUUUUUUUUGUCUCAAACCAAAGAAAAAAGUAAUGA